GCGUAUCUUUGCGCGUCGUUUUGUGAACCCCGUAGUCCGCAAUCACGUUGACGUCUGUCGCCAUUUCCUCGCGUGGAGGAGCCCGUUCGUUUAUUUUGCAAGCUAUGGCAGAAGGAAAUGGAGAGAUAAAAAUGGAAGAAAAACAAGAAAUGGAAAAUGUGGAACGGACAGAAGAUUUUAACAAACUCAUGCAAUAUGGACUAGAUGAGAAAGUAGCUGCUAAAUUGGAUGAAAUUUAUAAGACGGGGAAAUUGGCUCAUAUCGAUCUGGAUGAAAGGGCUCUUGAUGCCUUGAAGGAAUUUCCGGUUGAUGGUGCGCUAAACGUGCUUACACAAUUUCUGGAAUCUAAUCUGGAACAUGUAUCUAACAAAUCGGCAUACCUUUGUGGAGUAAUGAAGACAUACCGACAGAAGAGUCGUGCUGGUCAAGGUACGGGCACCAGUACGACACCCAAAGCCCCAGAUGAAGAUAAAAUCAAGUUGAUUCUGGAAAGAACGGGAUACCCUUUGGAUGUAACUACUGGGCAAAGAAAAUAUGGUGGCCCUCCACCAAAUUGGGAGGGUCCUACUCCUGGGACUGGUUGUGAGGUAUUUUGUGGCAAAAUCCCAAAAGACAUGUAUGAAGACGAAUUAAUUCCAUUAUUUGAGAAAUGUGGAAAAAUUUGGGACUUGAGACUGAUGAUGGAUCCCAUGUCAGGUUCCAAUAGAGGAUACGCAUUUAUCACGUUUACUAACAGGGAAGCUGCGCAGCAAGCUGUUCGAGAGCUGAAUGAUUAUGAGAUUCGGAAAGGGAAAAAGAUUGGUGUUACCGUAUCUUAUAACAAUCACCGCUUGUUUGUGGGAAAUAUUCCAAAGAAUCGAGACCGAGAUGACUUGUUCGAAGAGUUUACAAAGCACGCACCUGGUCUGACAGAGGUGAUCAUCUACAGCUCACCAGAUGACAAAAAGAAGAAUAGAGGUUUUUGCUUUUUGGAAUACGAAUCUCACAAAGCAGCUUCCUUAGCCAAGCGAAGGUUGAGCACUGGACGUAUCAAAGUUUGGGGAUGUGAUAUUAUUGUUGAUUGGGCUGAUCCUCAAGAGGAACCAGAUGAACAAACUAUGUCCAAAGUACGUGUGCUUUACGUACGAAAUUUGACGCAAGAUUGCUCUGAAGAGAAGCUGAAGGAAAGUUUUGAACAAUAUGGCAAAAUUGAGCGAGUGAAAAAAAUCAAGGAUUAUGCCUUUAUACACUUUGAAGAUAGAGAUAAUGCUGUUAAGGCAAUGAACGAAUUAAAUGGUAAGGAAAUGGGUGGAUCCCACAUAGAAGUUUCGUUAGCAAAACCACCAUCCGAUAAAAAGAAGAAGGAAGAGAUGCUGCGCGCCAGGGAAAGACGAAUGAUGCAAAUGUUACAGGGUAGAGGCGGUGGAUCUCCGUCUCAUCCGAGUAUGAUGGGAGGACCAAUGCCAGUUCGUGGUCCUACACAGGGACCUCGGGGCACAGGUGCAGGUAUGCGUGGACAAAUGGGACGAGGCGAUUAUGCUCUCCAGGAAAUAGAUUAUGAUUACGACUAUUACGGUUAUGGGGAUUAUCGAGGUGGCUACAGUGAUCCCUAUUACGAUGACUAUUAUCGAUACGAAGAUUACUAUUUCGAUUAUGCGCCGCCUCCGCCGCCUGCCAGAGGGAGAGGCAGGCAGCCUCAACCGGCUGGUCGUGGCCGUGGAGUAGUGCCACGUGGCCGAAUCGGUGGCCCGCAAGCCCGUGGGCCAGUCAGGGGGGGACGCAACCCCGCAGCUUCAGGGGCCCGUGGGGUCCAGCGGCUGGCCGCUCGUGGGGGGGUCCGCGCCAAGGGAAGUUUACCAGGUGAGGAUGCAGGUAAACGAAAAUUUGACGGGGGUCACCAGAACCAGGGGGAAUCUAAGCGUCGCUUCCAGAGCAAUUGGGGAAACCAGCCCCUCGCCCAACAACCACUGGGCAAUGCAUAUGGAUUGGCGAGUGUAAAUGGUGGCAGUGGUGGUGGUGGCGGUGACAUAGCUUUCGGAAGUAGAGCCGGCACACUCGGCGGUGUUUCCGGCGACGAUCACGAAUGGUAUCAAGACUCUUACCAGUCGUGGAGCUAACUUCUGCAAUCCUGUGAGUGAUAAAAAAAUAUGCACGAACAAAUGCAUGAUAGAUGAAGUGAGAAACAAAAAACAUAUAAAAUAAGGGGAAAAAAUAAGAUGAAAUCAGACUGACAAAACGUAAAGAGCGAGAGAGAGAGAGAGAGAAAGAGAGAGAGAGAAAGGAAGAGAGGGAGAGAGAAUAAUAGGAUGAGGGGGAGGAAACUCGACGAAGGGGAGGAAAAAGAUCAUCCAUUUGUAUUAUUAUCGCUCUUAAUCGAAUUCAAAUAAUUGUAAAUGUUUUUUCAUAUUAAUGAUACGCAGCAACUGUGUUCUGCGCCACCACCAUCGCCCGCUGUUAUUGUGAUUAUGUACAGUGAUGUGCCACUGAGACUAAUUAUUAUAUCGGAGUGUGACCACCCACCCACCCCGUACUAUUAUUAUUAUUAUGAUAAUACUAAUCUAAGUACCACUACUGCAUUGUCACAUUGUUUACUGCCAAGUGAUGAAGAUCAGCGAUGUUGACAUAGGGAUUGUGAUGGCUUGUAUUAGUUAAGAGAACUCAUGGAAGCCUGCGGUUUAUUACGCGAUGACUAGAUGUUUUGAAUCUAUAUGACGAAGCAUGUGUGUUAGGUAGCUCGAAUGAAAUAAAUAACGUGGGAGAAAAACGGAGAAGUUACAAAUGGAAGUUAGAAAUUGAAAAAACGGAAGUCCAACUUUGAGGAAACAGAAAAUGUAAUAGGUGUAGACAAGCAGAAGACGUAGGGCGAGAAUGUGAUAUUUAGUGAGUAUGCGCGCGCGCACGCGAGAGAGAGAGAGAGAGAGAGAGAGAGAGAGAGAGAGAGAGAGAGAGUCUUUAAACGGAAUGUGUCUGUGUGUAUUUGUGCGUGGGGCACGCUAUCAAGCGUGCUGCAAGACCUUCUAUUGUUGGUCUAUAAAUGUGUACAGUCAGUGAAACUAUUAUUAUUAAGAGUCACACAGGUAAAGUUUUACAAAAGUAGCGAGUAUGAAACGUUGCAACGGCUCUGCGAAUGUCUCCCAGAUUAGGUUUUGAUUACGGUCACGCGAGGGUUCUAUUGGGUAAAAAAGGGGAAAAUGAAAAAAAAGAGUAUUGCUCACAAUCGAGAGAAAACCCACUUGUACAGUAAAUUUUUCAAUGACAGUAUCCAAGUAGCAAGGUAAACUCGGAUCCAAAUUAUAAUAUAUUUAUUUGUUAAUGUGUUUCUUUUUUUAUAUUUGAAAAAUUAAAAAAUCGAUCGUUGAAAACAAAUAUCUAAAGUGAAUCUAUUCCCUUUGAAAGGGAAAUAAAAAAGAGUGUAUUGUUUCUUCUAAAUUUUAUGUAAAAAGUAAAUUUGUUUCUUGUAUUCUUUUACAAAAGAAAAAGAAAGAGAAGUUUUUAAAGAUGACUGACUACGAAUUUGAUAAUGAUAGUCACAGAUUGAAGUAGGAUGUAAAAGGUAAUGUUUACAAAUGCAUGAACACAUACAGCACACAUUUUGAGUGUUGACUUGUUGUUAUUGUUAGUCUGUUAGUUAAUUAGUAAGAGUUGUAAGUGCGGGCUGUAGUUGGUCCCUGUCCCUGGAGCCCAGACACCCCCUGUUCUGGAUGAUUAUUUGAAAAAGGAAAGAAAAAAUGAAAACAUACGCAAAUCAUUUGUAUUUUACACGCACCCCCGGAAUAUGAAGACAAACAUGGCGUAAAGACAAAAAAAGAAAA